UCUCUGUCCAGGUCUUCCUGUCUCGCCCAAACUCGAUGAUUUACUGGUGAUUCCCUCGCCAUUCGACAUCCAGGGCAUGUUAUAGUCGCGUCUUGGGGUUUCCAGAUCAACAUCCACCAAGUUGUCCGCUCCCCCACAAUAAACCUCCCCGCAAUGCGCGCUCCAUCUCCGCUCCUUCGGAGUCUGAGCUCCAAACCAACAUCCCUUUCUUCUCUCCGACGACUGCCUACACGCCAUUUCCCUUUGAUCCGCUCCAGUCCGCUCUCCCGGUCCGUUGCCAGUUACACCCAUCCCCAUCAUGCGUCCGCCAUAUCUGUCCUCCCUUCGGCGGUGGAUACAUCCUCGUCGGAUUUCAAGGAGAACCAUCAGCAAAUGACCGAGCUUGUCGACCGAAUGACCAAUCUACACAGUACAAUCUCCCAGGGUGGGCCACAAAAAGCGAAGGACAAGCACAUCGCCCGCGGGAAAAUGCUUCCUCGAGACCGAGUCACGGCUCUCAUUGAUCCGGGCACCUCAUUCCUCGAACUGUCUGCAUUGGCGGGCCACGAAGUAUACCCCGGCGAGGAUGUUCCCGCAGGAGGCAUAAUCACGGGGAUUGGAACCGUCGAAGGGGUGACCUGCAUGAUUGUCGCCAAUGAUAGCACCGUCAAGGGCGGCACAUACUACCCCAUCACGGUGAAGAAACACCUGCGGGCCCAGGCAAUCGCCCAGGAGAACAAGCUACCCUGUCUCUAUCUCGUCGAUUCCGGCGGUGCAAAUCUCCCUCACCAAGCCGAUGUCUUCCCGGACAAGGAGCAUUUCGGCCGCAUCUUCUUCAACCAGGCCCGCAUGAGCUCCCUGGGUAUCCCGCAGAUCUCGGUGGUCAUGGGUCCCUGCACCGCCGGUGGUGCCUACGUGCCCGCUAUGAGCGACGAGACCAUUAUCGUCGAGAACCAGGGCACCAUCUUCCUGGCCGGUCCUCCCCUCGUCAAGGCUGCCACCGGCGAAGAGGUCUCCGCUGAAGACCUCGGCGGCGGUCAGCUACACAGUACUAUCUCUGGUGUCACCGACUACCUCGCUGUAGAUGACGCGCACGCCCUCGUCCUGGCCCGCCGCUCCGUCGCCAACCUCAAUUACCCAGCCACCAGCAUCCCGAAACAGCUCUCCGACCAAGCCAUCAAGGAGCCCCUCUACGAUCCGGCAGAACUCAACGGCAUCGUCGGCACCAACCUCCGCCGACAGAUCCCCGCCCACGAGGUCAUCGCGCGCAUCGUCGACGGCAGCGAAUUCGCCGAGUUCAAGCGCGACUACGGCACCACGCUGGUCACCGGCUUCGCGCGCAUCUUCGGCCACCAGGUCGGCAUCGUCGCCAACAACGGCAUCCUCUUCUCCGAGUCCUCGCUCAAGGGCGCCCAUUUCAUCGAGCUCUGCGCCCAGCGCAGCAUCCCGCUCAUCUUCCUCCAGAACAUCUCGGGCUUCAUGGUCGGCGCCGACGCCGAGAAGGGCGGCAUCGCGAAGAACGGCGCCAAGUUGGUGACGGCCGUCGCUUGCGCUGACGUCCCCAAGUUCACGGUGGUCUUUGGUUCCAGCGCCGGCGCGGGCAAUUACGGCAUGUGCGGCCGUGCCUACUCCCCCCGCCUUAUGUUCAUGUGGCCCAACGCCAAGAUCGGCGUCAUGGGCUCGGAGCAGCUCUCCGCCGUCAUGGAAGCCGUCGGCCGCACGGCAGACCCGGCCCUCAAGGAUCGAAUCGACCGGGAAUCCGAGGCCGUGUUCUCGUCCGCCCGACUAUGGGACGACGGGGUGAUCCCGCCGGCUCAGACGAGACGCGUCCUGGGCCUGAGUCUGGCGGCCGCGUUGGGAGGCCGGAGCGAUGGGGACGUGAAGACGAAGUUCGGCGUGUUUAGGAUGUGAUUGACUGAUUGCUUGUCAUUCUUUUUUCUUCGUGGUGUUCAGCGAGGUUAAUUAUAAUAAACAAAAAAGGAAUGUAAAAGAGAGGAGAGGCUAGUUAGCAGAUACUAUAUACGCAUGAGUACGGAAC